CAUUUUCAGAGUGAAACCUCCGUAGACGGAGCCUGAAUAUCGUGAAAUUACCGAGCAGCUGCUGAGAAAAACGUAAACACACUUCGGUGUCUCACGUCAACUGCCAUUUGGUGUGUAAUCCAUCAGUCACGUUUUGAUGCCAGCAGCACUCGAAAAGCAAAAUUAUUAAAGUCACGUUUGAAGUCUUGAAUAACGCAAAUGAUAUUGAAUCACGACGCUUUAAUGGAUUAAAUGACGUUCACGAAAGGAAAAUAUUGAAAUUGUAGUUUGUUUUAAGAGAUCAUUAAAUUCGAAUUACAUUAGAUGCAGUGAUUUCUGCUCAUAACAACAAUUGAUGUCACGAAACGAGAUCACGAAUGACAGAACGAGAGGAUUAACGAAGCGUUUUCUUGGUCGGGUGUUGUCAAACUUUGGAAACUUGUCUUUCUUUUUAAACAGAAUUUAUUACAGAAUUGCCACCGAGCUAUUGUCCAACUCCAUACUAUGAAUUCGACGCCAUAAUGUGUUGCUAAAGUCCACUCUCAAGCCUGACAUGACAAUGGCUUGGUGAAUAUUAGGCUCAUAACGUCCGCCGUGGAACGGGCUCGUUCUCUUUUUCUGUGUGGCUGUAAUCGGGGUGUUUUUAAGCUUUCAGCAACUGAAUCACGCAUCACGUUCACUAAACAGAUAAAUUAAAUAGUUCGAUUCCCCUACAAGGAAAAGAUAUACAGAACUGGCGCUCAAAUUUGGCUUUAAGUGCAAAUUUUUAAUACUUUCAGCGGCUUUGAAAGGCAAAAUUCUCUGUGCUCAUUAGCUUUAUAUUUAUCAAAAGACCUGAGUCACCGGGCUUGAGUCUCAAGGUAGAGUUUUGAAGCUGGAAUAUUUAACACUCAGUCUGGAUAGAUCCGACAGUAUACGCCAUGAUGAAAACUUGGACUUAAUUGGUAGAAAUUAAGCAAAAAAAUAGUAAUAAACAGGGUUAUUACCGUAUUUGAAACGUUGCGCUUGAAAUGAAAGACGUCUCGUAUAUUUUGCACAGAAAAUAGAUGAUGGACUAUAGAUAAAAGGUAGUAUUCCCCUGGUUCCCACUGUGCGGUACGUGACUUAUUUCAGUGAACGUAAAAAUAAAACAAACAGUCGGACACUGCGAAACUCAGUUUUGUUGUUGUUUUAUUACAAAAUGAAUUAUUAAAAUAUUUUGACAACUUUGUGCUUUGUUGUGGCUCGUUUAUGCGUUUGCUGCUCUCAAAUUUUAUUGUUUUAUCUUGCAAAGAAACGGGACUGUAAAUAUACUUUUGGUAUCACUUUGGCAGGUGCAUUCCGGGCAAAAUUUUGUUUGAUGGAGUUUUUACUUUUAAUUGUUGGAGAAAAUAUAAUAGAGGAUUGCUUUGAAUGUGUGAAUGGCUGAAAAUCAACCGGUCUUUGUUUUUGCGUCGUUAGCAUGUUUUAAAAGAUAUGAAAAAAACAAUUUUGCGUUAAAGUUUUCCACUUGUGAAUAUUCAUUUGCCAUUCGGAAGCCUUUAAUAUGUUUUUCAAACUUGAGUCAAGAUCUUUUCUGUUUAUUUUACGUAAGUAUUCCCGAUAAGAUUUAUUUUUAACGAGCUUACGAAAGAUACUCGGAGUAGAUCAAAAUCAAAUCUGCAAUCGAGUUUUUUCAGAUUUUUUUGAUAAGUUGAACCUCAUUAACGGCAAGUUGUAAACAGUGAAAAGUUAUCCUCCAUAGAAACAAAGACAAGAAGGUGCCAAUAGUCUGAUUCAUAGCACACUGGGAUUAUUUGAGCAAUUCAAUUGUUUUAUACGUUCUGAAUGCUUUAGCCAUUUCAACGCGUUAUUGUGUGGUUCACUUUUCUUUGAGCGAAAGGGAUACGCGAAAAUACAAAGAGAUGGAUGUUUUUGUAAUUUUUUUAUUUAUUUAACAUUUGCCGCUGGUUAAAGUUCGUGAUCAACGCUCGAAAGCCGACAUACAAAAACACGUUCUCUCAUCCGGCAGCCGGCGUUACGGCUCAGAGAGCACUUGUGUAUUGAACGUGGGGUUUUAAAUUCACGACUCACGUACAACACAUCAGUUGAUUCAAGUCACAGAGCGACACCGGCUGCAUCUCGUUACGAUGUUCAGCGACUCUCAAGACUCAGUUGUACCUGUUACCGAAGUCGUCGUCAGCGCGAUUUUUUUAUGUCUCAUCAACAUUGGAAUAAUCGUUGGCAAUCUUCUGGUGUUGAUUAUCGUUUGGCGCACGUCGAAACUACACGAGCCCAAUUAUUUCUUCCUCUGUAGCCUCAGUGUUGCGGACCUGCUUGUGGGUUUAAUUUACUGCCCGUUGCUGAUUGUCAGUGUGGUAAAACAGUCCUGGGUGUUUGGGAAUUUAAUGUGCCAUGUACAUGCCGUGACUGUGAGCAUAUCAUUGAAUGCCUCCCUGAUGAAUCUUUGCGCGAUUUCAGUGGACAGAUAUUAUUUCAUCACGAGACCUUUACGCUACAGAGACAUCGUCACUCGUCGUAGAACUGUUUUCAGUAUUGCGUUUGUGUGGGUUCAUUCUGUUUUCUGGGCGAUCGCGCCUUUAUUUGGUUGGGGAGAGUACACUUACGAAGCCAGCACGGCCACAUGCAAGCCGAAUUGGAACGGGGAGGGACUCGUUGAUAAAUCAUACGCACUUUGUUUAGCAGUUAUUUGUUUCCUAGUUCCCGUUCUGGUAAUGAUUCUUGCAUACGCAAUGAUCUACAAAACCGCUAGGAAACAGCUAAGGAACAUUCAAAUCCCAGGAGGUGUAACCAACAAACAAUCCACAGAGAGAAAUAAAGCUUCAAGAACCGUUCUCGUGAUUAUCGGGGUGUUUUUUCUUUGUUGGUCCGUUUAUACCGCGGUUUCGUUGUGGAAACUUUUUGCUUCGUUAAGCGACCUCCCGCCUCGCCUAGUUCGUGUUGGACUUUACCUGGCUGUUUCAAACAGUUGCGUUAACUUUUACAUCUACGCCAUACGAGAUAAAGUUUUCAGGAAAGGACUCAAGCGUCUGUUUGUGUUGUGUCAAAGUUUACGCGAAGAAGGGACUCGUUCGAAUUUGAAUCCCCCCGCGAAACCGAACCCAGGUCAGUCGCUCGACCAUGAUUUUCCCACGGCGGGCUCUCGACAGAUUUUGGCACUUCAAACGACUGUUUGACAAGGCUCUUUCUCUGUGGGUUAAAAGAUAUUUUACUCAUCAUAAUUCUGUGGGGGAGAAGUGACUGAGGCAGAACAAGAGACAGGAAGAAACGUCAAACAAGUCAAGUGCCAGACUUGAGCUGUCUUCUGCCGACAGGAAAUUACGUCAUUCUAAAUUUCAGGCGCGCUUCUCCCUCUUCUUUUCUGCGUGUGACUCGUUUGUUGUUGGAGGCACGGAUGAGGACUGCACUGAACAUGUUCACUUGUGAAGACAUAGGGGGAUAUAGAAGAUUAACGUGAUAUGAACCGAGGAAUGAUGAAUCCUGAUUUUUAUGAUUUCUGAAUUUUCUGUGGUGGCGAUUUUUUUCGCCAGUCGCACUCGCUAAUUUGUGAUAGAGAAGAAGAACUACAGCUAUCUCGAACGAAAAAUGAGUAAGAAAAAUGGUCGUAAAGGCGGGAGUUAUUUAUCGCCUGUAGUAAGCAAGAGAGUUUUAUCUAGAUCAACUCCCGUUGUUGUAGACUAUUGCACAGAAAAUUAUCCAAGAGAAAUUGCGCAGAAAUAUUAACCCUAUUUGUGAUAUUGCCAUUUACAAAAAUCUAUUCAGUACAAACACACAGCUUUUGAUGACGUCCUUUACUUGUUCUUACAAAACGUUUUUCAGAGGUAAGAAGGUGCUCUGAAAUUUUAAGUUUUUAGUCGGUGUUAUAAAUAGUACUUAAGCUUCUUCCUUCAGUGAUAUAAAGUCGUUCGCAAAUUAGAAAGUACAUCGAAGUAUAAAUAACCUACAAAGAGGUAACUAGGCUAUUAUUAGGACAGGUUAAUUCUGCUUACCAUGUCAAUCAAAUAAUUCAUCGACAAUGUGACACUGAUCCUAACACCAAAUUCUCAUAUGUAACAUUACAAGAAAUGUAUAUCCACUGGUGAGGUGAAUUGAUUUUUAGAUCUAGGGGCCUAUGUUAAAUAGUAAUAAAAUUCUGUUUUAUCGCA